UGAAUAUCUAAUAUGCACUACAUUCAUUAAACUUGGGGGUACUAUAUCAUUGCAUGAGCAUUAUUAGCAUUAACUACGGCACUACUCAACAUCGACCAUUGGAUCGCUGAUCAGACGGCUGUGCUGGAUGCAUCAGCAGAGGUUCCCCAUCCAAGAUCCAAUGGCUCCAAACCACCGGAGGUGUCUAUAUAAACCUCCUCCCGGCCCGGCUUCCUCUGCACUGGUAACCUCCACGCCUCCUUCCUCGCGUCUCUCUCGGCAGGCGAGCCUCGCUAACACACCACUCUUUGGCGACGCGAUGAAGCACGCCGCGAAGCUCCCGUCCCGUGGCUCAGCGUCGUCGUCGCCCGCGACGUCCGCGCACAGGCUCUCCCACUCCAUCGCGAAGCAGCCGCCGCGGAAGAUCAGGAUCAUCCACGUCCUGGCGCCGGAGAUCAUCAAGACGGAGGCACGGCACUUCCGCGAGCUCGUUCAGCGGCUCACCGGGAAGCCCUCCCCGAACGGCUCCGGCGCGGCGGCGUCCACCGAGGACGCGUCGUCGUCCCCGCCGCCUCAGGACUCGUGCGACUUGUCGGCGCGCAACGAGGGCCCCGGCGCCGGCGCCGCGUCGCGGAUCGAGUUGGAGGUGAAGGAGGAGCCCGAGACGUCGUCGGGUGACGAGGGGGGAGGGUUCCUGCGCGCACUCGAGUUGGACGGCUGCAACAACAUGUUCUUCCAGGGGCUGGAGGAUUUCCUCUUCAGCUCCUGUGACAUGGAGUCCGGUUUCAAUUUCUGAUCAGGUGCAUGCGUUGGGGAAGCUGGGCAUUUUUCUCCAACCUCUUGAUCUGUCAUUCUCUUCCUGCAUUACAGAAGAAUUUGUAGUUAUGAGAUGAGGAUCUCGAGUUUGCUCAGUCUGCAAAGAUAAAUCAUCAGACAUGCUUUCCUC